GUAGUAAACAGCUCGUUAGACAUUCUCUGUCUGUUUUUUCAGUCUAUGGUUUCUUUCAUCUAUCUUUUACCGAUGAACGUGCUGAAAAUGUUACACACAGUGGACAUAGUGUAACAGCCACAUGUGUGUGAAGCGCAAAUCGCGGUUCAUUUGAAUUUAAACUUGAUUAGUCUGAUAAUCCAUGCGUGGUUUCAGUCACAAGACGUUUCGAGUGAAUGUUGAAUGAUCAAGGAAACGACAAAUAUGAUGGAAGACAACGGCAACGUUACUGGCAAACGUAAAGGAAAAGAGAAGACUUCAGUAGUGUGGGCUCAUUUCACGGUUUUGGCGGAAGAUAGGCCUACUGUUAUGUGUGUUCAUUGCAAAAAGACUUUCUACCUAUGCCAGGGUUCGACCUCGUCUAUGCUCAAUCAUCUAAAAGCACAGCAUCCCACUGAGCUCGAUCACACCGAUGGCCACAAAUCUCAGUCCGAGCAGCUGUUGGAUGUCCAUGCGGAUGAGCACAAGACCAGUCCCAUUAAGGAGAGAAAAGGGAAGCGCUCCAUUGUGUGGCUUCAUUUUACACGUUCAGGGAGAGAUACUGUGGACUGUCUUUACUGCAAGAAGAGACUGAAAUACCAGAGUGGCUCGACCACUAAUAUGCACAAACAUCUACAUCAACACCAUCCCUACGUCAACAACACCAAGGGCCACCAGGAAACGACUAUGGUUGUUCAGAAAAAUGUGACCACAUGUAUAAGAAAAUCAAGGACACGGUCAGUGGAAAAGGUGUCUCUGCGGACAAAACAACAACCACUAGUGGUUAAGGGUGCUUCCGAGUCACAGGAGAGAGAUGUGGAGUCUAGCGAGAGUGUGGAUGCCCACCCCGAAGCCAGCCAGCUCCUACAGCUGCAAGUGGAUGCACUCCUGAAGCAACUGGAGGAGAAAGAGAGACAACUCACACAGGCAUAUGAGACGUUUCAGAACACAGUUCGAGGUCUGAGUGAGGACAUGGAGUCAAUACAGGAGCAGCUCACUCAUCUGAACGGAAAGUAUCAGGGUGCAAAGAAAGGGAGACCUUGCAGUUCAGUCAAAUCUAACAGUCAAGUACCAACGGCAGUACCUUCCACUGUUAGGCACACUCGGUCAAUUGAGUAUGAGGCGUGUGAGGGCCGCCCCCUGCUUACCCUUUCCUGCACCUCUGAGCCCAAUUCUCCUGGGUUUAAUGGCACAGAAGGGUCACCACAAAGGUCAUCCAAGGAUCAGGAAGUCACUAUUAUCGGCCUGCUGACUCCUUCCUCCACAGCUGUUGCCAACAGUGACAGCAUUUUGGAAUUUGUGAACACAUUCAUGCAGACUGCUUAUACCUCUGAGGCCAACGCCACCACCGCUGCAGGCUCAGGCAGCCACACAGAAAGACAACCAGUGCACCUUCCACUGAAGACACUGUCAGUGAGGCUGCAGGACUGCAGGCAUAAACUGGGUCCAGAUGGCAUUUUCACAGUUCAGAGUGUAAAGAUGCACGGUCGUCAGGAGGAUAGGGAUUUUGAAGAUGAAGAUGACUAUGAUGGUGGUGGUGGUGAUGAUGAUGAUGAUGAUGAUGUCUCAGAUUAUAAUCAUGAGUCAGACCCAGAUUACAGCCCUGAAGAUGAUGGCAACAGCGAUAAAAACCCUGAAAAGUUUUUCCAGAGGUUUUGCAAGAAGAAGAUGAGUCAACAGGGAUCCUCACAGCGUGCAAUGCAGCAACCCGAGUCACCCCCUCAGAAAGCUUCUCUGAAAGUACAUGGGGGAAGUUCUUCAGAGGAAAGGCCCUUCAAGUGUCCCUUGUGUGGCGAGAGUUAUAAAUAUUGUCCGGACUACAUUCAGCAUUUAAAAACUCAUAGCUCACCGACCUUCACACCGCAUGGUCAACAAGAGAGGGAGGAUGACAAUGAUGAUGACCAUAUCAACACCGAGAAGGAUCCGGAGAACAACCUUGAAAAUGGUGGCAACAGUUAUGACCGCCCUAAAAUUUUGUCUGUUCAACACGAGGAAGAUGAUCUUGGCCGUCACAAGGAGGCAGAAGAGGAGAUGUAUAAUAACGAUGAUGAUGAUGAUGAUGAUGAUGAGAUUGAUGGUGAUGAUGAGAUUGAUGGUGAUGGCAAUAAAGUGGCCAAUGGUAAAGACACCAUUUACAACCUUGAAGAUGAUUGCAACAGUAAUGAUAACCCUGAAGAUGAGGCUUUGUAGUCUUCUUCUAAUGACGACAACAACAUCUCAUUCAAAGACAACAUGGGCAAUAAGAUUGGGGAUGCCACCGUUUAUCAAUGUCUCUCUAAAGCGGGAAAAGCCAAACCUCAUCAGUGUCAAAUCUGUGGAAGAAGACUAAGUACCGGCUGUCUUCACAUCCACCAAAAACAACACAGUGGAGAGAAAAUCCACUGCGAGCGGGACGCCAGAGGACGCAUACUGUACAAAUGUAGCAAGUGUGACAAGUCUUUCGUGGGUGCAACCCUUUUUCACAUUCAUCAAGGAGCGCACCUGGGCGAGAGACCAUAUGUUUGCUUUCGGUGCAAGAAGACUUUUGUCUAUCCCACAAAUCUCCGGGCGCACCAGAAAUUUCAUUGCAAAGAAAGGCCACGGAAGGUAGAGGUUGCAGUGGGUGAAUGCGAGGGAAGCCCUCAAGAAUCCUCCGUCCGUGCCAGGAGGAGGACGUAUGCACAUGCAUGCACACGGUGCCCAAUGACGUUCUAUCAGAAAUACGCACUGAAGCUUCACGAGAAAAGUCAUUCAGAGGAGAGACCUUUCAAGUGCCCACUGUGCAGCAAACGUCUUAAAUAUGCUGGAGGUCUCCGGGAGCAUUUAAAAAUACAUGACGGGCAGAAACAGCAUCUCUGCGAUAGCUGUGGCAAGUCUUUUCCACGUUUGGGCAGUCUGAGAAGGCACCUCGCGUUGCACACGGGAGAAAAGCCGUACAAAUGUUCGGUUUGUGACAAACGGUAUCAUCUUCAGGAAAGCUUAAGAAUACAUAGUCUUAACCACUCUGAAGACCGUCUUUUUCGAUGCCGUAUAUGUGACAAAGGAUUCACUAGGUCACAUCUAGUCAAAAAACAUGAACGGAUCCACACCAAGGAAAAACCCUACCACUGCUCCUUUUGUAGAAAGAACUUCGGUUACCAGGAGUCACUGUACAUUCACCAGAAACGAUUUCACUCUGCGUUAGGGCAAUAAGACUACACCUGCUGUGCAGAGAGAUAUAAAGCCUAAAGUCGAGGGACUUGGAUCACUUACUGCAUAGUGUCCACACCGUACUCUACAAUAACUGCUUCUUGACGGCACUGUAGGGGGUGAACCGAUUCAGGCUCCAGUGUCCUUCUUGUGUGCCAAGCAAAUGUCAGUGAACUCCAACUUCUCCAAGACAAGUGCCUGUGUGUGUGUAUAUAUUAUAUAAUCUUGAAAUUGUGUAGGUUAAGUAUCUUGCAAUAAAUAUAUUGUUUUUUAAA